AUGGAGAAACACGAGCAUACUGAUGAAGAUGUGCAUAAAAACAAGGAUUCCACUUUCAAUGAAAUCGCUUUGGCAGAAGCUGAAGAGUUUGUGAUUAUCGAGUCCCAGGCAGAGAGAAGCAAUUACGUAGAUGACUUAGAUAUGAAUACGAAGCAGAAUGUAGGCCGAACGCGCCCAGUGCCACAGGAAGGUGACAACGGUAUAGAACUGUCGUCUGCUGUGGCGGAUAAAAAGGCGCGCGAACAUCAGCGUGACGAUCAUAAAACAAGACGACGGAGAGAAAGGGGUGAUUAUCCAGAUGACGAAAGAACACUAAGGACCAAAGCUAAAACCGAUGACAGAAGGAACGGAACAGGGUCUCCUAAAAGAGUCAGUCCGGUUUCCCCGCAACGGAAUUUUUUGAAUAAUAAUGUGAGAUAUGUUCAUAAUCGAUUCAUAGUCUUAGAUACCCCAGACAGUACUAGUGCAAAUUUGCCAAAAUCAUCGGGGACCAAACGCGGUGUUGAUAAUCCACAGAUGCGAAUGGCUGAAGGUUCAGAUGGUGCUUUUGCCGAUGAGCCGCAGAUCGGUCGCCUUGCUGAUAGGUCCAGAGGCAAUCGUCGUGAAAUGGCGAUGGACGCUUCCUCCGUUACUAUGGACGGACGAGACAUUGAAAUUUGUGUGUCUGAUCCUGACAAUUCGAAUAUGACAAUACAUUCUCCGAAAAAAACCAAAAGUAUUUGGAAAAGGAUUUAUCUAUGUUUACAGGACAAUCGCAUGAAAGACUUAGAUCCUGAAGAACUUCUAAAUGAUCCAAACCAAUACCGGGUCUUAAAGAAAGUUCUGAACAUCAUUUUUAUAACUAUUGGGGUGACGUUGUUUGUGGCUGUAGUCAUCAGCGUCAUCUACUCGUUUAUUGUAGGUGACCAAGAUCCAGUGGAGCAGUCGGACACAGCAUCGUCAUCUACCUCGUCGUCUUGUACAAAUAACCUGACUUGUGUCACUAAUACUUGAAAGAGAGAGAGUGGACAUGAAGGAAUUACCAAUCCAAAGCCGGGACAUCAUAGCGCCAUCUACCGAAUUCCAGAAAUCGGACAACGGCUGUCUUAUUAGAAAUAUAUUUAUGUAAAUUGGUUUUCCUUGAUUUAAGGAUUCUCGGCACAUUGGAUAUUAGCCACUAAACCAAAUCAAAUCAGUGCAUUACACAAUGUAAUUAUUUUUCAAUUGUUUUGGAAAUGCAAAGUUAAUUGCGGAAUUUUAGAAUCACCAUUAAAUUCCUCUCACAUAACCAGUACAAAUUCACUUCUGUAGAUUACAGAGGUAGAAAGCUUUUUAAAAAUCAAUAUCCCGACCUAAAACAUAAUCCUGCAACUGAAUGUUAACGACUUACGUCUGCGCAGUGUCCUGCGUCCAAUUUUCAGUAUAAUGGUUUUUCAGAAUAUUUUAUCAGACGUUUUGUACAGUGCCUUUUUACGAAUAAUUUUUUUUGCCGCUUUAUCUUCAUUUUUUAUAUGUUUUCAUAAAAUAAUUAAAAAAGGAAUAAAGAGAUUAUACUCCAGCAAA